AUGUACGCCAAUGACGAGCGGCCGGCGCUUCGCGCCUUCCCAACCCACAACCCACCCACACCAUCCACCGAAAUCGCGCCGAUUGCUGGAAUCGUCUGCUGCAUACAACGUCCACUCUAUGUCGCGAACAGCCCCGUCGGGGAAGCAGGGGCAUUGAAACGCUGCGGCUCAAGUCAUAAUUCGUACAAAGAGGACUUUGUCGCGCCUCGAAUGGGAAUUCUUGCAAUUACAAGCAGUUUACAGCACCUUUACAGCACCGAUAGACCUUGUGAAGCCGAGACUUCCACGCGGAGUGUCGCAACGUAA